AUGAUAAAUAGAGAGAUACAAUCAAGUGAUAUUACAAUAGAACCAACAAAUGUUAAUAUAGAAUUACAAAAAAAUGACACUAAUGUUAAUAAUUUAUUAGAUAAAAAUAUUAAAAAAACAAAAAAUUCAAGAAAAUCUUUUGCAAAGUUUUUAUAUAAUUCAAAACGAAAAACAGUACUUGGUCGUGAUGCUCUUAAUUGGGCUAAAUUAUCGAUUUUUUAUACAAUACUUUAUUGCUUUUUGGGUUGCUUUUUUGUUGCUUUAACUUAUGUUUUUGCUCGUAUACUUGAUCGUACUCAACCAAGAUAUUAUAAUACAGAAAGUACAAUGGCUGUACGAAGUACAGCUGCUGUUGUUGGAUUAGGUUUUCGACCUCAACCAGUUAUUGAUGAAAGUCUUAUUCAAAUAACAAAUGAUCCAAUACAACAAAAACGUAUUGCUUCAUCUCUACGAUUAUUUCGAAAUGUUUUUCUUUUACAAAAUUCUGAUGCUAAAGUCGAACAAUGUUCAUCACAAGAACCAGCAUCUAAAUUACCACCAGGUACAGCUUGUUUAUUUAAUUGGUAUCAUAUUGUUAAAAAUGAAAAUCAUCCAUGUUCGGAUAAUAAAAUGUAUGGUUUUAGUUAUGAACAACCAUGUAUUCUUAUUAAACUUAAUAAAGUUUAUGGUUGGAAACCUGUAAAAGGCAUUUUACCAUUUGAGAUUCAAAAACUUCGACAUGUGUAUAGUAAUAAAAGUAUAUCAAAUUCUGAUGUAUAUAUUACAUGUGCAGGAACGCAUGCUGCUGAUACUGAUGUAUUACUGAAUGCAACUUAUUAUUCACUGAGUUAUCCAUUUGGUUCAUCAAAAUUUGGUGUUAUUCCAAAUUAUUUCUUUCCAUAUCAAAAUGCAAAAGAUCAUGUUCAACCAUUUGUUUUAGUUCAAUUUAAUAUGUUACCAUUAAAUCGUCUUGUAAGUGUUACAUGUCUUGCAUGGGCACCAGGUAUUGAACAUAAUACAAGACGUAUGCGUGGUAUGGUUAAUUUUCAAUUAUAUCGUACACAUACAGAUAUCAAAUAUAAUGAAAAUAAUGGCCGUUAA